GUUUAUUUGUUCUUUCCUCAGGUCUCGUACAGCUUUCCAUGCUCAAUCACAAGUGACAAGCGUCGACAUUUUCUGGACGCAGGGGACCAAACAGUGUUCGAUUUAUCGAUCCUCCGAAGAUGAAUUCUUCAUUUACCCCACGCGAUCUGCCAGAGAGACAGAAGAAACUCCAGCCGAUCUUGGGUAUCCCUGUACCAUAUCUCUUUGCGGCGACAUCGGUUCUGUCCAUCGCCCUCUUCACCUGGCCACUACCAUGGAUUCUUUCUGGUUCCGCAGUCUUGACCUACACCAUCCUAGACGGCGCUGCUAGAGGCCAUCGCAUUCUGCCAUUCUUCAACAUCUGGUCUUUGCUUCUGUUGAUCAACCUUACUUACGGUGUCGCGUCUACUUCCUGGCUGUUGCACGGCGUAUUCACCGCAGCAUGUUGGCCGGCGGUGUUCUUAACUUGCCUCUUCCAGUUCGAUCCUGUUGGCAGAUUCGUCAGAAGAAAGAUAAGAAAUGUUCUGAAGCAGCUUCAAUUCAUUGAUGAUCAGGUUGCUUUCUUCGACCUCCCCGCUCUCGAAAUCGAUGUCGACGUAAACGGCCUGAUGAACAUCCGCGGCAUGACCUUCUCACUGUCUUCCCUUAUGAUCAUUGCGCAUGGAGUGGAGGUGGGAAUCAAAUUCUCUGACGACAUGGAGGUUGCUAUUGCUGUUGAUGAAGUCCGAGUGUCUCUUUUCAGAAGAAUCGACAUUUCUGACGUCUACGCCAACGUCAAGGGCGGCGAGCUAGAGAUGUCUCUUAGACAGCUAUCAGAGAAUGGUCGGACACCAACCGGCGAUUCGUUCAUGUCUGCUGACACCCCUCUACUUGCCACCGCAGCAAAGACUGGUGACACACGUUCUCCGAUGGCCGCCAUGACUGAGAGGAUGACCAAUGGUUCUGCUCCUCAGCCUAUUGCGCCCAGCGUUGGUCUCAAGGGUGUCAAACAGCUUUUGCCUGACGACGAUCACGCCAGAGAAACCUACAAAUCCAUCCUCAACUACAUUCACGAAAGCAGUGUCAUCACCGUCAGCCAGGAAGAAGUUCAGCAGAUGUUGAAGGAGAAACACGUCAAUGGCGAGGUUCUCGACGACAAGAAGGACUAUCGCUCUGCCAUCUGCUCUCAGCUUCACGGAAAGCCUACAGUUCCUCACUGCAGCAAGCGAUCGAUUCGUGUUUCUACCCUCCAGCAAGACAUGCCCAUGCGAAAGUUCCUUCACAGACUUCCAUUGCUUUUGAGAUGCUCCCUCAACCCUAUCGCAUACUUCCAUCCGAUCUACAUCAAGUCGAUCACUGCUGGAGGCUCAGGAGCUCUGAUCGAGAGCAUGCUACACAAACAUAUCUUCCAGGACCAUCCCGAGCAAGCUUCGGAUGUUAGAAACCUUAAGAAGCGCAUCUCGGCCUGGCUCAAGGAUGCCAACUUUGUGUUCGAAGCCGAGAAAAUCACUGGCAUGGCUUCUGUCCCAAUCAAUCCUGCCUUCAACAUUCUCUCCGAUCUAUUGUUUGACGACAUCAUGGUCUACAGAACUGUUAAAGAACAGGUUGAUUACAACCAAAUCGUUCGUCUUGGAGGAGCAGAUGCACGAAUUAGCGUUCCGUCCUUCCUCUUGCCUCAUCACGAACACAUCCUGCCACCUCUACCGACCCGCGAAGACAAGAUUGCUGGGCAGGAAAAGAUCGAUAACGCCGACAGUCAGCCCAAGGCCAUCCAAGCUGAGCAGGAACUGGCCCAACUACGCAAAGAUGAAACUAACGUCAACAUCUCCGCUCACGUGCGUCUUCCUGCUUGUUUCGAUCAGAACCUCCUCGACUUCAUUGCCGCACUCGUGAAGGCGACCAAGAUUGUCGAGAUGGACAAAGGUGAAAAGUCCUUGGACAAGGAGAUCCACGGCUUCAGAGAGUUCACAAAAGCAGUCAAGACCGAUCUCAAUGACAAGAUGAGAAGAGUUGCCGUGGACGCUGCUGCCAACGACAAGUGGAUUGCAAAGUUGGUCGGCAAGGUUACCAAGAAGCUCGAGACGAUGCAGGGAGAUAUUGGUUACAGUGGUGACUUGCCGGUGGCUCUUGACAUUUACCGUAAGAAGGCAGAGCCUGGUAGUAAGCUCAUGCCUUGAUGAACAUAUUAAACGACAGAAAUCAGUGUAUCAGAACAAUCAAGUAGCUCAUUGACAGCAAAGUAUAGAACAAGUUCAGUAAUCAAAUCCACUCCC